UUGAGCUGUCAGAGUCUCUCAUAAAAACAGGUGUCAGAACCACGAAUUUAUAGAAAUGGUAACAUAAAAUCAGAAGAUAGCACGAGUAGCUAGGUAGAACUACUUAUUAGUGCACUUGUUWCCAGCAAAGAGAAAUGAGUUUGACAAGUGGUGAAAUUAUCACGCUGAAUGUCGGCGGAAAACGGUUCUCUACUUCCAAGCAGACAUUGUCAUGGAUUCCAGAUUCCUUUUUUUCAAGUUUGAUGAGUGGUAGGAUCUCAUCUCUUAAGGAUGAAACUGGUGCUAUAUUUAUAGACAGAGAUCCAGAAGCAUUUGUUCCCAUAUUAAAUUUCCUAAGGACCAAGGAACUUGAUCCAAGAGGGCUUGAUUUGAGAGUCAUCAAACAUGAAGCUGAGUUUUAUGGGAUAUCACCCCUUGUGAAAAGAAUAAAUCUCUGUGAGGAGGUGUCAUGUUCAAAAUGCGGCGAUGUUCUUUUUCAUUGCUAUCUCCAUCCCCCAGAACUACCUUUGCCAUCAAGAGAAAGUCUGUUAUCUAUUUACAGAAGAACUUCAAGCUGCAGUACAACAAGCAGCUCAACAAGAGAAACUAUUGUAGCUAAAGAGCCUUGUGGAAGAACUUCCAUUUGUGAACCCAACUUUCAACCUUUAGAAAUUAAUCCAAGGAAAGCACUAAUGGUCAUGGGUCACCAUGGAGUGAUUGCAGUGGCCUUUGCUCAUUGUGUUAUCUGUUAUAAAUUAAAAGACACAGCAGAAUGGAUCAUGGUUUUUAUAUCACCAUACCUUGARAACUGUGUAGAAAAGAUGGCCUUGAAUGCGAAAGUAUCAGCCGGUUCACUGGGUGACAGAAUGGUUGCUGUAUCAUCAGGCACUCAGAUAAGACUAUGGAGCUUUUCUCACGGGGAUGGGGGAUAUGCUAAAAUGGAUAUUGGUACAUUUGAUCUGAGUGUACCAGUCGAUGCCCUGUUUUUUAUUGGCAGUCAACUGGUAGCUACAAGUCACACAGGGAAGAUUGGAGUGUGGAAUUCAAUGUCACAGCACUGGCAGAUACAAGAUGUGGUACCUAUCACUAGCUAUGAUAAGGCUGGGUACUUCCUCCUCCUGGGCUGUUCUAAUGGCUCUAUAUACUAUAUCGACAUGCAGAAGUUCCCACUACGAAUGAAAGACAAUGAUCUUUUAGUCACAGAACUGUACAAAGACCCUAAUGGUGACAUGGUUACAGCGUUAAGUGUUUAUCUCACCCCUAAGACAUGUUUAAGUGGUAACUGGAUAGAAAUCGCUUAUGGCACUAGUUCUGGUACUGUUCGGGUGAUUGUCCAACACCCAGAGACUGUCGGACACGGCCCACAGUUGUUCCAAACGUUCACCGUUCACCGCAGUCCCGUAGUACGCGUUAUGUUGAGUGAGAAGCACCUGGUGUCAGUCUGUGCGGAGUAUAAUCACGUGCGUACUUGGAACGUCACACGCUUUAGAGGAAUGAUUUCCACACAGCCAGGGUCUACACCGCUGGCUUCAUUUAACGUGGUCUCGCUGGAAGAGACUGAAACYCACCCUAGCUAUUCUGCAGGAAACUCACUAGGUCCGUUUGGUGAUCGUGAUGAUCAACAAGUGUUUGUCCAAAAAAUCGUCCCUGAUACAAAUGAAGUCCAUGUAAGACUUUCGUCCACUGGAAAAAGGAUAUGUACAAUACGUUCAGUUGAUGGAAGUCACAUUAGUUGUUAUUGCGUACACGAGUGCGAUGGUUCAAGUCGGAUAGGUUCUCGUCCACGACGUUAUCUCAUCACAGGCCAUGAUAACGGAAGUAUUCAGAUGUGGGAUUUGACAACAGCCCUCGAGCAAGCUGGUACAAUUCCAGAUCACAGCUUGGGCCCUACAGAAGGAGAACUAAUGAAAACUUUAGAACAAUGUGAUCUGAGUGCAUCAAGAUGUACCACUCCGUCGCUCUCACCCGCCUCAUCCUUACUGCAAACAAACCUACAGGGAUCACGCAUCAAACUAUCUCUAUCUUGUCCCAGCUUGACGGAGGAAGAKGCUGUGGAGCCUGGACCAAGCCGAAGACCUUCGCGCCAUAAACGUAGCGAUGAGUUGCCUCAAAGUAACAGCCUUCAAGACAAAUAAAUAACGCACAAAAUCUUUAAACCUCCUGUAAGUUUAUGAAACAUAACGAUCUUCAUUUAAUUACAAUAACCAUGUAAAAAGUAUAACAAUUGUAACUUCAAUAAACUUGACAUUCAAAGGRUGAAUAUAGGCAAUGCGCAGCGGCGCCAUUUUGUGCCACAAGCAUGAUGGGAGUUGUAGUCCUCGCACUUUUGCCCUAAAGAAAACGGAAACGAAGCUAUUCGGGAUAUUUUUUAUAGGCUAUUAAAUGCAACUCCCACCAGGCUUUGUCGUACAAAAUUGGUGUCGCUGCACAUUCAGUUGUAGCCUGCGUACAUCUGGUUUAUUUUCAAAAUUAACCGUGUUUACGUUUUUUUUAUCUCUGGAUGAACUCAGGCUAGUUCAGUUGACAAUUGCCUCUCGUUAAACGGAAUUCCAAUAUGGCUGUCCUAGCUAGCUGACCGACAUAUUAUUAAUCAAAAUAAUAUUUGAAGAAAAAGCUAGGAUUUAAAAUAACUUUAUUUUGAAUUUAUUAAAAAGUCUUGGCUCUAAACACUGCAAUUUUUUGGUAGACGAAACAGGUAAAAGUAAAAUCGACGCAAGUGAGGAAUUGUUUAAAAACAAUCGAAUCCGUACAAAGUUUAUAAAGUUUCUUAUAGCUCUUUUAGUUUGCUAUUGGAUUUUCGCUAAAAUGUAUAAACUUUUGAUAACCUAAGGGUGACCAUAUUGGCAUUAAAUCUAUUAAACAGAAGUAAUAAUCUUAAUUAUUAAUCUAGGAUCAACAUUUUUAAUGUAAUAAAAGAUUCCUUAGUUUCC